CCCUUCAGCUAAAAUCCAAUCUCCGAUAAACUACUAAUAGCUAAACCAGUUGGACUAUAAAACACAACAAAUCAUAAAGCAAGGAAAAGAAACGUCGCCUCCAAAUGAGUUCGUAUUUUGUAAACUCCACUUUCCCGGUUACUCUGCCCGGUGGACAGGAGUCUUUCCUGGGACAGAUACCGUUAUAUUCCUCGGGAUACACGGAUUCUUUAAGACACUACCCCGCUGCUGCUUACGGAGCUACAAGCGUCCAGGACAAGGCUUACCCAUCCACUUACUAUCAGCAGGCUAACGGUGCUUAUACUCGUUCAACAACGGUUGCUACUUGCGAUUAUGGAGCAGCAAGCUUCUACAGAGAAAAAGACCCUUCGUGCACACUGUCUAGUUUGGAGGAGCACUCGCUUGUUUUGAGCCAAGACCAGCGAAAGCCUGAAUGUGCAGCGCAGAGUAAGAGCAUAUUCGCUGAAACAGAUGACCAGAAGGCAGCAACCCCAGUUUACCCCUGGAUGCAACGAAUGAAUUCCUGCAAUGGUUCUGGCUUUGCAAACAGUGGUCGGAGAGGUCGGCAGACGUACACCAGGUACCAGACUUUGGAGCUGGAGAAGGAAUUUCAUUUCAACCGGUACCUAACAAGACGUCGUCGUAUCGAAAUUGCACAUGCACUUUGUCUCACAGAACGACAGAUAAAAAUCUGGUUUCAGAAUCGGCGUAUGAAAUUUAAGAAGGAAAACAAGCUAAUCAACUCGACGCAAACAAGCGGAGAAGAUGAAGAAGAAAAGAGGACAUGUUCAAAGUAAAAAAAAAAAAAAAUCUAGAAAGUGACUGUUCACAUCUUAACUAUACAUCUGAAGAUGCCUUUACUGGCAAAUAUGUUCCAACUUUCUCAAUCUUUUGUUAAUAAAAGUUUCAUCAGAAUAUUGUUUAGUACUUCUGUUUUGGCAUUCCAACUUAUAUAUAAUGUUUCAGUCAAACAAACAACCAAACUGUUUCUAACUUUAUGUCGCUAUACGCAAUAGUCAGUAUUGAAUUGUGUGAAAAAGCUGUUUCCUCAAUGACAACAUUUCUAGCUCUUGGUGAUGUACAAAAUUCGAAGAAAUGAAAAAGGCAAAGGUGUUUCAUGCUGUUUUGUAAAUUUAUUAUACGGGGUCUUUAAAUGUGUGUUAUUUGAUAGUAAAACAAUCUACUGUAAAACUUAGAAACUACCUAGAAUGGCUUAAAAGGUUAUAUUUUAUUAAUUUUGUACGUGUUGGUGUCUGUAGUAUUGUCCAAAGUUAUAAUGAAAACCCAUGGAAUAAAGCAAAAUAUUGGCUGAA